AUGACGCAAUCUGAAGAAGACGUUGGAACAGACAUGAGUCAAACAGAUAAUGAAAAGUCUGAUCCUGAGACUGCUAAAGCGGCUGAACAGGCGGAAAAAGCUGAACGGACUCAACCGACUGAACAUUAUGAUGACCCUGAUUUAGACAAAGGAUAUGCAUGGGUUAUAUGUAUUGCUAUAUUCAUAUUGAACUUCAAUACAUGGGGGAUGAAUAGUGGUUUUGCCGUUUAUUUAUCUGAUUAUAUCAACAAUAAUGUUUACCCCGGUACCUCCAAAGAACAAUAUAGUUUUAUAGGGGGGAUAUCGUUUGGGGUUGGGUUAGCAUUAACACCAGUGAUCAAUUACAUCUAUGGAAUCAUUGGGGUUAAAACAACAGUUAUCAUGGGCAACUGUAUGCAAUUUGCUGGGUUAUUUCUUGCAUCUUUCACCACCAAAUAUUGGCAAUUGGUAUUAACUCAGGGGCUACUUAAUUCUUUUGGGUUGGCAUUCAUUGCCUUACCUGCUAUAACGUUAUUACCUCAAUAUUUCAAAAAGAAGAGAACCAUGGCCGCUGGGUUAGCUACGGCCGGAGCCGGGGCCGGAGGCAUUGUCUACAAUUUGGGUAUGCAAAAGAUCUUACAAGUGAAAUCCGUUCAUUGGGCUCUAAGAGCUCAAUGUAUAAUUGCCUUUGGAUUAAUUUGGAUUUCUAUCUUCCUAAUCAGAUCAAGAGCUCAACAUCAUAAGAUUGUGUUUACCGCAUAUGAUCCUCAAGUCAUAAGGAGUCCAGGGUUUUAUAUGUUGACCUCGUAUAUUGUUUUUUGCAUGUUUGCCUAUACCAUAUUACUUUAUACCAUGGUGAAUUUCACUACUUCCUUAGGUUACUCUGGAUAUCAAGGGUCUAUAGCUUCAGCAUUAGUGGCUGCCGGUUCUGUUAUUGGAAGACCAUUUACAGGAGUCAUAGGUGAUCGUGGUGGUCCUAUUACCGUGGCUGCUAUAGUCUAUGCAAUAUGCGCCAUAUUUACCUUUUCCAUGUGGAUACCUGCCAGAAACCUUGCCACGGUGUAUGUAUUCUCUGUUAUCAUUGGAGGAUUAAUGGGGUGUGUUUACACCAGCAUUGGUGCUAUAUGUGCCCGAUUAUCGGGUUUAAAAAAGAUGAAUGUCACCUUCUCUAUGGUCUGGGUGUUUAUGGGAUUAGCAGGGAUAUUUUCCCCCGUUAUUGGAUUGAAGCUUAAACAAGGAUCCGGAGGUUAUGUUGACCCCACGCAAUACUUGCAUUGUCAAAUCUUUGUGGGGUUUUCAUUUGUUGGAUGCUCAUUGAGUGCAUUCCUAUUAAGAGGGUACAUUAUUGCUAGAGAUAAAGUCCAUGAUGAUAGUGAUACCAUGGUCGAUUUGGAUGGUGAUGUUCUUCAUCUUGGAACAGACAUGAAGUCUGUUUUAAAGGGGGUUUUUCAAUUAAGAUCAAAGAGAAUUGUUUAG